GGAGGAGGAGGAGUCGGAGUUGGGGACACCUUUCCUCAGGAGGCCAAGCGAGCAGAGGGGAGAGCAGCCGCGCUCUGGUGCUCCGGGUAAAAACGGUGCGCGAUGGAGGCGUCACGUGACCAGCAGGUGCCCCUCAGUCAUGGCGAGAAGAGUCCUGUUAGAAGUAGGAGCUGCGAGAGGCCAUCAAAGGACAGAAAGAGAAAGUUGAUUAGGUCCGACCUCGCUGUGGACACUGAAGAGCUCAUCCAGGACCUGAUUGGCCUGCAAGAGACAUGGCUGGCAGAAGGCUCACUGUGCUCUAACAGAUCCGGGAUGCUUCAGGAUUUAAGUGCCGGUGUCCUCUUUCCUCCAUGUCUGCAGCACCCAACUUUUGCUCAGGUUCCCGACAAUGACGAGCAGUUUGUCCCAGACUUCCAGACUGAAAACUUGGCGUUCCACGGACUGCAGCUGAAGAUCAAGAGAGAGCUGCACAGUCCGUGUUCCGAACUGAGCUCCACCUGCAGUCAAGAGCGGCCCUUCAAGCUCCAGUAUGGAGAGAAGUGCCUGUACGUCAGUGCCUAUGAGCAGAAGCAGCACGCAGGAAUGAAGCCCUCCAGCCCAGUGACGCCCCCCUGUAGCACCCCUGUGUCCCCCCUCCAUCAUGCCUCACCCACAGCUGUCCCGACACCCAAACCUGACCGGACCUACACCCAGGUGCCAGUCUCACAGACGCUCCCUGACAGCGCCUACGCCAUCGACCACAGAUUUCGCCGGCAACUUUCCGAGCCAUGCCACUCGUUCCCCUCCCCGCCGUCAAUGUCUCGCGAUGGACGCCCCAUCUACCACCGGCAGAUGUCGGAGCCCAGCAUUCCCUUCCCUCCUCAAGGCUUCAAGCAGGAGUACGCCGACCCUCUGUUUGAGCAUCCGGCCAUGAUGGGGGCACCGCUGCCCCACUUGUACCCUGCCACCAUGAUGAUCAAGCAGGAGCCCAGGGACUUCAAUUACGACUCAGCGGAGGUGCCCAGCUGCCAUUCUGUCUACUUGCGCCAAGAUGGCUACCUGGCACACGCCAACCGGACUGAAGGUUGCAUGUUUGACAAAGUGGCCAGGCACUUUUACGACGACACCUGCGUGGUGCCAGAAAAGAUGGAAGGCGACAUCAAGCAGGAGGCGGGCCUGUACCGCGAGGGCCCAUCCUACCAGCGUAGAGGCUCACUGCAGCUGUGGCAGUUCUUGGUGGCGCUGUUGGACGACCCGUCUAACUCACACUUCAUCGCCUGGACGGGCCGCGGCAUGGAGUUCAAGCUCAUCGAGCCGGAAGAGGUGGCACGUCGAUGGGGGAUCCAGAAGAACAGACCUGCCAUGAACUACGACAAGCUGAGCCGAUCGCUGCGCUACUACUAUGAGAAGGGAAUCAUGCAAAAGGUGGCCGGCGAGAGAUAUGUGUACAAGUUUGUGUGCGACCCCGAGGCAUUGUUCUCCAUGGCGUUCCCGGACAAUCAGCGUCCCGUGCUGAAGACCGACAUGGAGCGUCAGAUCAACGAGGAGGACACGGUGCCGCUGUCGCACUUUGACGAAAACAUGACCUACGUGCAGGAGGCGCCCUACUGUCAGCCGCACACCUACAGCGAGGGCUACGUCUACUAGCCCCGCCCCCUUCCCAUGUGACCGCCUUCACAGGAAAUGACCAUGUUGUCCAACAUGGAGUGGACUCUGUCCGAACACGUCCUCCUUUAUUAUUAUUACUAUGAUUAUUAGUACUAUUUUUAUUUAGUUGCUCCCGUCUCUCAGACGUGCACUUUAUGGACCCCAACCCGUUGUUUGUACAUUCAUGAGGGAACGCCAGCAUGCGGCACAUCACCGAGACAGGACUCCCAAUGGCUGACUCACGAGGACAUAUUUUGGGGAAUUUCACUGGAAUCUUUUCGCCUGCGCAACCAAUGGAAGAACAAUCAUUUCCUCCUUGUUUCAUUUCAAGACAAUAAUUUGACCUACCUUCACGUCGGAGCAUUGAAAAGCAAAGGAAUCAAAGACAUUUGGCUCCGCCCAUCAGUGAUGUCUGGCCCCCACCUCCGUCUCCUCUUGUGUACUUGUGAGGGAUGAUCACAUUAUCGCACCUGUGCUGCAUCCCCUGUGCACCUUGUGUGUUUACGGUCGCCAUCGGCCACUUCCAUCAGGUACCCCCAAGAUCAGAGGUCGAAGCUGCUGUUUCUCAAAUUUUUGACCACCCCCUCAUGUGCUGGAAAACGGUUGUCAGUAUGAGAAAUGCAGUUCUAAACCAACAGCAAUAAUAAACACAUAAUUAAUUAAUCAAACUCGAUCAGUUAUUGUCAGAAUUUCAAUUGUGACACCAAAUGUUAGCGUUACCUUUGCUUUCUGGAAUGCAUCGAAAUCAGUCAUCCUUCCGGUGAAAAUGUAUGUAAAAGGAUGUAGUUUGUGUCCCACGGUUCAAUAAAUAAAAAAGUGAUUUUUGUCUGCGAAGUACAGAAGCUUUGGGAGGUCAAUCUUACUAUUUAGAAACUCUGACGCAAAGAAGUUACAGUGCAUCUGGAAAGCGCUUCACUUUUCCCACAUUUUGUUAUGUUACAGCUUUAGUUCAAAACGGAAUGAAUUCAUCUUUGUCCUCAAUAUUCUGCACAAAAUACCCCAUGAUGACAAUGUGACCAACGUUCCCUCUAAGGUGCGCACAGCAAAUCUAUGCCGCGCAAAAAAUCAAAUCUCACUCUAAACAAAAUAAACAAAUGGUUUGUUUUGUAUGAUUUUGCAAUGCAACUGUGAGUAACAGGUGACGAAAGGCGGCCACAACAGAUAAAAACAAUGUUUGUCAACACUUAAAUUGUUGUAACGUCUAUGGAGACACUUAAAGGAGGACAGGAAUUAUAUCGGUCCCUUUAUUUAGCGAAAUUGUUUGUCGGCCAUAACCACACCAAAACAAUAUGUAAAAUACUUUUAUCUAGCAAAACUGGUCGUUGUCUACCGUACAAACCAAGCCAAAAGCAAAUCUUUGUCAUCUGUUAUAUCAACAGCAGCCGCUUGCUCUCUCUCACCUGCACCAACACAUACACUAUGGCAAGUAGCCACUGGUGCGUUUAUGGCCACACAAAAAGUUGGACAACUCCAACACUACACGUAAAGUGUAAAUUUCAGGUCGUUUUACUAUGACUCCUCAAUCAGUGUGCUUAUUCUACUGUCAUCUGUUAAGAAUGUUAUUUUUUUGGAUAUUAAUCAUGAAAUGAUGUUACAGGACUACAUAAUUGCUAAUAAAAAUAUUUAUUUUACGGACAGAAAGUUAAUAAACACUUCAUCUCAUGCAACAUGUGAAUGUUUUAAGGGGAACUAAAUGUGAUCUCUGAAAGGGGUACACAAUCUUUCCAAAGCCGGACCCCCACCCAGGCAUAAAAUACUUUAGUGCAUAGCUGAUUAAAAAAAAAAAAAAACAAUAUCUAAGUGGGCCAAAUCACAUAUAUUAGAAAAUAAUCUCUUGAAAUUGACUAGUCACUUUAUUAUAAUAAUAAGACAUUUAAAUUGUUAUGUCAGGUUUGAGACAAAUGUGCUGCUGGUAUGACCACAGUGUGCACGUCUGUAUUCCACUGAAUGCUCAGGGUGUUUGUGCGUUUGCUCACACACAUGAAAAAUUAGAGGGAACAUUGAAUGUGACUGUUUUUGUUUUUUUUAAACAUUUUGCUAAUUAAUAAAAAUAAACACAUGUACAUAAGUAUUUACAGGCUUUGCUCAAUACUUUGUUGAAUAACCUUUGGCUGCAAGUCUUUUUGAAUACGAUGCCACAAGCUCGGCACACAUUUUCGUCCAUUUCUUUUUGCAGCGCCUCUCAAGCUCCAUCGGUUUGGAUGGGAAGCGUUGGUUUUCAUCUAGGAUGUCUCUGUACAUUGCUGCAUUCAUUUUUCCCUCUAUCAUGACUCAUCUUACAGUUCCUGCUGUUGAAAACCAUCCCCACAGCAUGAUGCUGCCACCACUAUGCUUCCUACUGGCCUAGUUUCCUCCAAACAUGAUGCCUGGCAUUCACGCCAGAGACUUCAAUCUGAGAGAAUCUUAUGUCUCAUAGUCCGAGUUUUUCAGGUGCAUUUUGGGAAACUUUUGGCUUCCUUCUGGCCACUUUACCCCACAGGCCUGAUUGGUGGUUUGCUGCAGAGAUGGUUGUCCUUCUGGAAGGUUUUUCUCUCUCAACAGAGGAAUGCUGUAGCUCUGACGGAGUGACCAUCUGGUUUUUGGUCACUUACCUAACUAGACUAAGAUGAAUGCAGCAAUGUACAGAAACAUCCUGAAUGAAAACCAACACUUCCCAUCCAACCUGAUGGAGCUUGAAAGGUGCUGCAAAGAGAAAUGGGCGAAACUGCCCAAAGAUAGAUGGGCCAAAAAGACUUGAGGCUGUAAUCAAUAAAAUAUUGGUGAGCAAAGGCUGGGAAUAUUUAUGUACAUGUGAUGUUUUUUAGUUUUAAUAAAUUUGCUAAAUAAAAAAUACAUUGUCAUUGUGUGUAGAAUUUUGAGGACAAAAAUAAAUUCAUUGUUUUUUGGAAUAAGGCUGUAAAACAAAAUGUGAAGCGCUGUGAAAACUUUCCGGAUGCACUGUAUCUAUUUAUUUUCUCCCAGGAAGUUUGUUGUUAAAAAUACCAAUUUGUCAAUCAUUUUAAAAAAAAUUGUAGUUUAGAAAUUUAAAAUAAACAUUAAUACAUUUUCCAGGGAGGUAAAUAAAAACAGAAAGGAGAAUAAAUAGUAUGAGUAUGUAGACCUCUGAAUGAUCCCACAUGUAUAGAUAUAAAAAAAACAAGCUCAAAACAAAUGUUACUUUUUGGUAAUAACGACAAAAAAGUAAGAAAAAUAUAUCUUGUAAAACCUGUUAAUUCGUAUUAUGUUGCUGCUCCAUUUGUUAUUGUACUUUCUGCUAUCAUGACUAUAUUUUUCCUACUGAUCAAUAUUG